CUGAAUUUGUCGGUGUCUGCUGGCUUUUUUUUCCUGCUAAAAAAAUAAAAAUUCCAAUUAAGCAUUUUCUCCAAGAAAAAUUUUUCUUAAAAAUAACGAAAUAAUUUAUUUAAGAAAAAAAUAUGGCUGUUCGAGUUAUAAACGAUGAAACUCAUUUCCAAGCUGAGCUAGCUGCUGCUGGAAUUCGUUUGGUUGUAGUUGAUUUUACUGCAAGUUGGUGUGGACCAUGUCAAACAAUUGCUCCAUUAUUCGAACAAUUGCCCACAAAAUAUCCCAAAGCAAUAUUUCUAAAGGUCGAUGUAGACAAGUGCCAAGAUACUGCUGCCGCCCAGGGAGUUUCUGCCAUGCCAACAUUUAUUUUCUACAGAAAUCGAACAAAGAUUGAUAGAAUGCAAGGAGCCGAUAUUAAUGGCUUAGAGGCCAAAAUCCAACAGCACAUUGGUUCAGGAAGCGGCGAUGAUGCUGGAGAAGAUUAUGGACAGGGUUUGAUGGAACUCAAUACUUUUAUAUCGAAGCAACAAUGCGAGUGCCUCAACGAAUCCGAUGACCAUCCAAUGUUGCAUUGCUUCGAGCCAAACGGUGGAUAUCUGCAAUCGGAUUGCGAUGAGCAGUUAAUUCUAUCGGUGACAUUUAAUCAGGUUGUUAAGAUUCAUUCCUUGAAGUUCAAAGCCCCACCUCAAUUGGGACCUAAGGAGAUUAAACUCUUUAUCAACCAACCUCGAACUGUAGACUUUGAUAUGGCUGAGUCUUGUUCAUCGGUUCAAGACUUAACAUUGAGUCCCAAGGAUCUGGAAGGAAACCCAGUUAAUCUUCGUUAUGUUAAGUUCCAAAAUGUACAGAACAUUCAAAUUUAUGUUCGCAAUAAUCAAUCUGGUGGAGAGGUAACUCAAAUCGAUAAUCUCGGUUUUAUUGGAUCACCUCUAAUGACUACAAAGAUGAGCGACUUUAAGCGCGUGAUUGGCAAAAAGGGUGAAAGUCAUUAAAACCAGCUCUAUAAUUGCCCCGGGUUAUACCCCAAUUAUUUAUUUGUAUUGUUCCACUUUCUUUUUAUAAAAAAAAAAAACAAAAACAAAUGAAAACUAAACUAAUUGACAAAUCAAAA